CGCGUGUCAAGUGCUCAGGCGCAGGGCUGAGCUCCGACCGGAAGCGGAAGUGGGUGCCUCGGCGGUGCUAGCGGCGCUGGUGGCUCCGGGAGCGCACCCAGGCAUGGGCUCCAAGGCCAAGAAGCGCGUGGUGCUGCCCACCCGCCCCGCGCCCCCCACGGUGGAGCAAAUCCUGGAGGACGUGCGGGGGGCGCCGGCCGGGGACCCCGUCUUCACCGCCCUGGCCGCGGAAGACCCCCCAGGCCCCUCCAGGAGGGCGGAGGACUCAGAGGCCCAGUGGGAGCAGCUCUAUCAGCAGAGCCGGGCCUACGUGGCCACCAACCAGCAGCUGCAGCAGGCGCGUGAUGGGCUCAGGCAGAAGUGUGAGUGCCUGCGGCAAGCUGGAGAGGACCUGGCGAGGGAGGUGGACCAGGUGAAGCAGGCGGCCCUGCUGGAGGCUGCGGCUGCCUCCUCAGGCUGACCUCGGGGCUGCCCACCCAGGGACCCAAUCGCACUUCAUGUGGGUCCUCAGCACCUGUGAGUGAGGCUGGCGUCCAUCAUGCUGACUGUCCAGCUGGCUCCGUCCUUCUAUGUGCCCUGCUGGAUGGGAGGACGCCUGCUCCGCUGCAGUUCCGUCCCCUCCUUCACCCAUGGUUGCCGCGGCCCUGACAUGAGAUGGGGCCGCUGGGGGCAGAUGCCACCUCUUUCCUUCCCAGGGCAGGCACUUGAGUGUCCACUUCUGAGUCCUGUGCCAGGCCCACAGUUAGGGUGUGGCACUGACUUGUUAACUGUGGUCCAGUCAAACAGGCGCCCACCUGGCACCAGGGCCUCCUGAGGGCCAGUACCAGCCUCUGGUCCCACUUCCUUCCGCUUUGGGGGCUCCUCCCACGCCCAUCUUCACAACAGUCCUGGGCUGCCAGGGUCACCGUUCGUGCUGCCCACAAGAGAAGAUGACCCAGGCCCCUGCCAGGUUCAGCGUCCACCGUUGGCUGACAGGAUGGCUCAUCAUCACUGCCCGGAGCUGGCCGGGUCACCCGGGCCUCACACUGCCGCCCAUCUGCACAGGGUCAGGUGGGGAUUGGGGUGGCCAAGGACCUUAAAAAGGGCCUUUCAUGGUAAAAGUCACAUCAAGCAGGAACUAGAGCAGCAUGGGACCUGGGGGAGGUGGUCGGAGGCCAGACCCUGAAGUGUCCCCCAGGCCCUGCAGGGAAAAUCCACCAUGUCCAGCAGGCCUUCUGAACGGCCACUCCUGGGGCCCUGGGAGGGAUGCGCGUGGCUGACAGGCAGGACACUGGCUGAGGCUGCCUCACACCUCCUCUCAGACCUCUUUGUUUCUGGAACGUGAAAGAUAUUUCUUUUUCCCCAUACAAGGGGUACCUGCAGAACCUGAGACUCUAAACCAGAAACGGGGGCCCAGGGGGCCCAGCCUGAGCUGGGCUCUGGGGUGCCAUCCACCCUUGGGAGCUCCCCUGGGGGCCAGGCAGAGACCCUGCCAGCCUCACCCAGCCCCUCCCCUGCCCCCAAAUAAACCCCACACCCAGGUCCUGCCUGCGGGGCCUGGCCGGAGGCGUCUGUCCAGCAAAACGUGGCCCCUUUGUUCCUGGCAGGAGCAAGGCUUCACACCCAGCCUGUCCCCCACCCUUGCCCAGUGCUCAGCCCGCUGAGGAACAGGAGCCACAGGCAGCGUGGGGCAACUGGACAGCUCCAUUUAUUAAAGUUGCACAGGAGUCGGA